CUGGAACCUUGACCAUUCCAGGCAAAAUCACAGGCAUUUUCCUUGUCAUAUACUUCGGAUUGCAGCCCUGCCUGACACACCAGGCAGGUAGUACACUCGCCAGCCCAGUUUCGGGAGUCUAAUUUCCUUUUCCGCAGCGUGUUAGCGCACGCUUCCCUUCACACCCGCGCGUAUUCUGUCACCGGUUCGGCCAGCAGCCAUGGCGUCGUCGAGCCUCCUGGUCGCGAGAGCAGCGGUGUCCGCCAUCCCCUCGAAGCUCGCGCCGCUCAAAUCCAUCGCCGCCGCCCGCCCAGGCCUCGCCAUCCUCCCCAAUGCUUUCCUCGGAAGAUUCGCCGAUGCUCCCUCCGCGAACCCCCUUCUCAAGCACACAGCGGCAGCGCCGUGCCAAAAAGCGGCACCGGCAGCGGCUCCCAGCCGGCUGCAGGUGGGCGGCGUGCAGCUGACCGGGAGACGCGCGAUGGCGACCAUGGCGUGGGGGGGCGCGCUGGCCGCCGUGCGACUCAUCGUUCAAGGGAAGCACAUGGAGCUGACGGACUCGAUCCGCGCGUAUGUGGAGGAGAAGGUGGGGCACGCGGUGAGCAACCACAGCGCGCUGUGCCGAGAGGUCGACGUGCGCCUCUCCGUGCGCGGCGGCGACAGCAACACCAAGGGCCCGCGCCAGCAACGCUGCGAGGUUACCAUCUUCACGAAGAAGCACGGCGUGCUGCGCGCGGAGGAGGAGGCUGAAUCCGCCUAUGCCGCAAUCGACAAGGUGUCGGACGUGGUUUCGCGGAAGCUGCGCAAGAUCAAGGAGAAGGACGGCGGGCACGGGCGCACGUGGCAGAUGCGGCACGCGCAGAAGCUCGGCGAGAUGCUGCCGGAGACGCCCGUCGACAUCAGCCCCAUUCUCAACCGCCAGACCAGCGACCUGCCCGACGAGGUGGUGCGCACCAAGUACUUCGAGAUGGCGCCCAUGACCACGUACGAGGCGCUGGAGCAGCUUGUGAACGUCGACCACGACUUCUACGCCUUCCGUAACGGCGAUUCGGGUGAGAUCAACAUUCUGUACAAGCGGAAGCAUGGUGGCUAUGGCGUCAUCAUUCCACGAACAGAGGAGGCUGCUGCCAAGACCUCGUAAGGGUCAAUGGCCCUGGGUCACUAGUUUUUUCUCUCUGAAAACCUGUAUACCUUGAACGUGAAUUAUGUUACAACAUGUUGAUGAUUCAAUGCCAAAAUAUGAGUAUACCGCAUCACCCC